AUGGCACACUUUCUUGAUCGAGUGAAAACUGUCCUCCGGAGAGGCAGACGGAGCUCAAGCUACGUGGGACCCAAGGAUCCAGUGUGGAAAAAGCUUCCCUCUCACAUCUUUGUGGCAAUAUUGGCAUCUUGUGAGCUCAAAGAUAUUGGCUCUUUGUCCCUAAGUUGUCGAUUGCUGCAUGACCGAGUGGCCAAGCUGGAAUUUGCCAUUGCCUGGGAAUACAUUCAGCUUCGUAAACAAAUCCACCAUCACGGCUACUCCCUCAAUGAAUUUUUGUCGCCGGGAGAUGACAUCGCAUUCAUCUGCGAAUUGUUCCCACCACCACCGCCUGAAUAUAAUCCAGCCAUCGAUCAAGAUAACGCGGGAUAUUCUUUGGGAUAUCUCGGUGAUUUGAAGCGAUGCUGGAAUACUUGUCUUCGACUGUCCUACCACCUGGCUGAUCACGUAGUGGAGCAUCACUUGGAGACCGAUCCAAUUGCUCAGCCUUUGUGGACUUCUUCUAAGACGGAGAAAGAGGUUGUCCACAGCAGAGCCGUGGCGGCACUACAAGCCAAGCUUCUGCGCCCAAUGGCCUAUGCGGUAUUCUUCCUUGAGGCUUCUGCUGUCUCGGCUCAUGAUCACCAUCACUCACACCACAGUCAUGACCUGGCGUCAUCUAUCAAAAGGCAACAAUCAAUUCUGCAAAAGGCUCCAUUCACGGACACUCAUAUAUUUUUGUCCACCCACCACUGCAUGCAUCUCCUUUUCUCGACCGUGCAGCGCUUGAUGGGGCCAGAAAUUCCUCAUUCCUCGGCCGAAAGCUGGAUCAGUCUUCUUCUCACCACCUCGACAAUGGAGAGACUUGUCAGCUUCUUUGUUGCAGUAGCUAAAGACGACCAUAAGAAGCAAAAUGGUACACAUGACUCUACAUGGUCUCAUCGAAAAGAGUUUUUGUUAAGAAUGCGACAAGACCUCAACGACUAUGUGGCAUCAGUCAGCGAUCAUGACCGGCACAUGGACCAUGAGCUAGAGCUCAACCAUGUAUGGUUUCAAGCAGCGUCGCAUGAGAUGGAUCGACGAGGCGCUAUCCCGCAUACUGUCGAAGAUACAGAAGUGCAUGUUCUCCAUGGUUCCACUGUUAAAAUGGAGUGUGGGUCUUGCUAUGAUCGUUAUGAUGAAUAG